CUGCUGCUGCUGCUGCUGUCAUUUGAGGGAGCCCUACUCAGUGCUGGUGCGGAUACUUCCUUUGCCGAUCCAGGUCCCUGGAAGCCAAAGAACUCUUCAGAGACAGCCCCAGACAAGGGCUGGUGCUCCACGUGGGGAAACGGGCACUUCUCCACCUUUGACCAUCUGGAGUACAACUUCUUGGGGAGGUGUAACUACAUCUUCACGGCCACCUGCAAGGCUGCCUCACCAACCUUCAGUGUCCAGCUGCGACGAGGACCAGAUGGAAACAUCUCCCGCAUCAUCGUGGAGCUGGGGGCCUCUGUGGUCACCAUAAACAAAGCAACCAUCUCUAUCAAGGACAUUGGGGUCAUUAGCCUGCCCUACACUAGCAAUGGACUCCAGAUCACACCCUAUGGCCAGAACAUGCAACUGGUGGCCAAGCAGCUAGAGCUAGAGCUGGUGGUCAUAUGGGGUCCAGAUGCCCAUCUCAUGGUCUUGGUGGAGAGAAAGUACAUGGGCAGACUGUGCGGGCUGUGCGGGAACUUCGAUGGAAACGCUGACAAUGAGUUUCUGAGCGAGGAAGGCAAACUCCUAGAACCCUACAAGUAUGCCACACUCCAGAAACUGGAUGACCCCAACGAGAUCUGUGUCCACGAGGCCAUCCCCAGUCCCCCCGUCCCACAGACUGCAUAUGCCAAGAUCUGUACUCGGCUGCUGAACCUGGUGUCUCCUGAGUGUAAUGUGCCGAAGGACCCGCUGGUGCGGAGCUGCCAGGAGGACAUGGCUACGUGCGCCCAGCCGGGCCAGCAGAACUGCAGCUGCGCCACGCUGUCUGAGUUCUCCCGGCGGUGCAGCAUGGCCGGCCAGCCUGUCCGCAGCUGGCGGGGGCCUGGUACCUGCUCCCCAGGCCAGUGCCCGGCUAACCAGGUGUACCAGGAGUGCGGCGAGGUCUGCGUCAAGACCUGCUCCAACCCAUAUCACAGCUGCUCCAGCUUCUGCACCUCCGGUUGUUUCUGCCCAGAUGGUACACUGAUUGACGAUAUCUCCAAAAACCAUACUUGCGUGCCAGUCAGCCAGUGCCCCUGCAUGCACAAUGGCGUGGUCUAUGGCCCAGGGCAGAUCAUAGCGUCCACCUGCCAAACCUGCCAGUGCACCAUGGGCCACUGGACGUGCACAGAGCAGCCGUGCCCUGGACACUGCUCCCUGGAAGGAGGCUCCUUCAUCACCACCUUUGAUGCCAGGCCCUACCGUUUCCAUGGCACCUGCACCUACACGCUCCUCCAGAGCUCGCAGCUUCCUGACGAGGGUACCCUCAUGGCUGUAUAUGAAAAGACAGGUUACUCACACUCAGAGACCUCUCUAGCAGCCAUCAUCUAUCUAAGCAAGAAGAACAAGAUCAUAAUCUCAGAGGACGAAGUGAUCACCAACAACGGGGACAUCAAGUUUCUGCCCUACACAACCAGUAAUAUCACCGUCUUCAGGCAGACGUCCACCCAUCUCCAGAUGGUCACCACCUUUGGGCUGCAACUCGUGAUCCAGCUGCAGCCUGUCUUCCAGGUGUACAUCACUGUCGGGCCCCAAUUCAGAGGCCAAACCAAAGGGCUUUGUGGCAAUUUCAACGGGGACACAACCGAUGACUUCAUGACCAGCAUGGGCAUCGACGAGAGCACCGCCUCCCUGUUUGUGGACUCCUGGCGGGCAGGGAAUUGCCCACCUGCCCUAGCACGAGAGACGGACCCUUGCUCCAUGAGCCAACUCAACAAGGUGUGUGCGGAGACCCACUGCUCCAUGCUGCUGAAGAAGGGCAGUGUGUUUGAGAGGUGCCAUGCUGUGGUCAAUCCUACACCCUUCUACAAGAGAUGCGUGUACCAGGCCUGUAACUACGAGGAGACUUUCCCACACAUCUGUGCUGCCCUUGGGGCCUACGUGCACGCCUGCUCCACCUGGGGUGUCCCGCUCUGGGGCUGGAGGAGCAUUGUGGAUAACUGCACUGUCUCUUGCACCGGCAACCGUACAUUCAGCUACGACAGCCAAGCCUGUGGGCGCACGUGCCUGUCCCUGUCGGACCACGCAGCCGAAUGCCACGCCAGUGCCGUGCCUGUGGACGGCUGCAACUGUCCCAGUGGGACCUACCUAAACCACAAGGCAGAGUGUGUGCAAAAAUCCCAGUGCCCCUGCCUGCUGGACGGCAACAAGUUGAUUGAGGCCUACCAGUCCACCGUGGUCAAGGGGAUCCUGUGCUACUGUAUCAGUGGACGCCUGAGCUGCCCGAAGCAGGCAGAGAUGUUCUUGGCAUCCUGUCCGGCCCCCAAGACCUUCCGCUCCUGUAGCCAGUCCUCAGAAGACAAAUUUGGGGCUGCAUGUGCCCCCACGUGCCACAUGCUGGCCACGGGCAUUGACUGUGUACCCACCAAAUGUGAACCUGGCUGUGUUUGUGCCAAGGGACUCUAUGAAAACAGCAACGGACAGUGUGUGCCUGCCGAGGAGUGUCCGUGUGACUUUGAAGGGGUCUCUUACCCUGGGGGUGCCAUACUUCACAAUGACUGUAAAACCUGCACCUGCUCCCAGGGGAGGUGGACCUGCCAACAGAACGCAUACUGCUCAUCCACCUGCGUCCUCUAUGGGGAGGGCCAUGUCGUCACUUUUGACAGACAGCGCUUUGUGUUUGAUGGCAACUGCGAGUACACCCUGGCCACGGAUGACUGUGGUGCCAACAGCUCGCAGCCCACCUUCAAGAUUCUCACGGAGAACGUCAUCUGCGGGAAGUCGGGGGUCACCUGCUCCAGAGCCAUCAAGAUCUUCCUGGGUGGCCUGUCCAUCACGAUGGCAGACAGAAACUACACGGUCAGCGGAGAGGACCCUCUCAUCCACUUCCAGAUGAAGCCCAGCUCCCUGCACCUCAUCCUGGACGUGGACAUCCCGGGGAAGGCGAACCUGACCCUCGUGUGGAACAAGCACAUGAGUGUCUCCAUCAAGAUCCGCCGCAGCACCCAGGACGCCCUCUGCGGCCUGUGCGGCAAUUACAACAAGAACAUGAAGGAUGACUUCGAGACACGCAGCAAGUACGUGGCAUCCAGCGAGCUAGAGUUUGUGAACUCGUGGAAGGAGAAUCCUCUGUGCGGGGACGCCAGCUACGUGGCGGAUCCCUGCAGCCUGAACACCUUCCGUCGCUCCUGGGCGGAGCGCAAGUGCAGUAUCAUCAACAGUCAGACCUUUGCCGCUUGCCACAGCAAGGUGUACCACCUGCCCUACUAUGAGGCCUGUGUACGUGACACCUGCGGGUGUGACAUGGGUGGUGACUGUGAGUGUCUGUGCGAUGCGGUGGCCGCCUAUGCCAAGGCCUGCCUGGACAAGGGCGUGUGCGUGGACUGGAGGUCCCCAGACUUCUGCCCCAUCUACUGUGACUUCUACAACACUCACACACGCGUGAACGAGAACAAGUACCAGUAUGCGAGGGAGGUCAACUGCACCUGGCAUUACCAGCCCUGCCUCUGUCCCGGGAGCCUGGAGAGCUUCCUGGAUACCAACAUCGAAGGCUGCUACAACUGUUCCCAGGACAAGUACUUUGACCACGGAACCGGGACCUGCGUGCCCUGCGCACCACCCACCACCACUCUGUCGCCAACCACUACAGGUUCACGGCCUCCGGAAGUCCAGCCUUCCACAGCAACCACCACUACUACCAGGUCCUACAGUUCCAGCUCCCCAGCCACAGCUGUGGGCCCCACCUACUCACCAGGCCUCUCAGCUUCAUCUUCAGCCCCACCUUCUACUGAUGGAGAAACAGGCUGGACCACCAAGAAACCCACCAUCUCCUUGGGAGGAUCCACUCGAACCACCAUCGCUAUCACACCACAACCAACGUCACCUCUGACACCUAUAGCGACAGCAAGCUCAACAGCCCCAGGGGUCACAGUGACCCAGGCCACAACUGAGCCCACAGCAUCUUCCUUAAGCCCAGCCACAAAGUCCACAGCUCAAUUCACAACGCACACCACGGUGACACGGAUAACCUCAGCCAUGCCUGGGACGUCCCCAAGCCAAGGUGAGUCACAGCCCAUGGGAAGCCAGGACCUCUCUGUCUUCUCUGUCUCCAUUUACCACAUCCUCGGUGACACCAACUUCUCAGAUACUCACGACUCCAACCAGCGCACAUACGUCAAGAACACUGAGUCCCCACACACAGCACCAACACUGACUUCCACCACUCAGGCUACCAUCCAAACCCACAGCUUCUUCUCCACAGCCAGUACCUCACCUUCCCAUCCUUCACACCCUCCCUCCACACCCCACCAGCAGUCCACAUCAGUUCUCACCACCAGCAUCACACCCAAGUCCACCAGUAGUACAACUGGAACAACAGUGGUCCACACCACCUCAGGCACACCCAGCAGCCCACACACCCCAUUCACGACUAACUCUUUGCCCACAGCUUCUGUCUCUACCAUUCCACACACAACAGGUCCCCAUACCGGAACGUCAGUGCACGCUACCACCACAGUUCCCACCCCGCCUGCCCCUCAGACCUCUCUGACUCUCCCAGUGUCAACGGUCUCAUCAUCCUCUGUGACACCAAGUUCUCAGAUAGUCAUCAUCCCAACAAACUCACAAACAACAGCUUCCACCUCAAGGACACCUAGCAUUAUUUUUCCAACCACUACAGUUGAGGGCACAGUUUCCACCCCCACCGCACCACCUCUGACUUCCACAGCCAGUGCCACCAGUAAAGUUCAAACUUCAUUCUCCACAGCUAGUACUUCUCCUUCCCUCGUCACCCAUCCUUCUCCUACACCCCACCAUCCAUCUUCAUCAGUUCUGGCCACUACCAUCACUCCUCAGACCACCAGUACUGUACCUGAAACUUCAGUGCCCCAAACUAUCUCAGAAACACCAAGCAGUUCCUACACCCCAUUCACCACACACUCCCUAUCCACGAUUUCUGUCCCCAACACUCCACACACCAUAGGUCCCUCCUCAGGAACAUCAGUGCUAACUACCAUCACUUUUCCAACCCCUUCAGGUCCCCAGACCUCCUUCACCACUUCAGUAGCAACAUUUUCCACAUCCUCUGCUUCACCAACUUCUCAGGUACUCGUCACUCCAACAAGCUCCCACAUGGUCCCAUCAACUGCCACCAUAAUACCAUCUACCACCAUUGUUCCCACCACUACAACUAAACAGACAGGACCACCACAAACAUCCCCAACAAUCACAUCUAACACCACUGUCACCACCCAAGCCCAGAGUUCAUUAUCCACAGCCAGAACCUCCCCUUCUCACUUUUCUCCCCCUUCCUCCACACCCUACCAUCAUCAGACAACACUGACUCCAGCCAGUACCACCACCCCCCCUAAGUCCACCAGUAGUACAGCUGGAACACCAAUGGUCCACACCACCUCAGGCACGCCCAGCAGUCCCCACACCCCGCUCCCCACCCACUCCCCACCCACUGUUUCUAUCUCCAACUCUCCACAUACUACAUAUCUCCCAUUGGUGACAUCCGUGCAGACCACUACCAUCCCAAUCCCAUCUUCCCCCCAAACCUUGUUGACCUCUCCUGUUUCAACAUCUUCCGCACAUUCUUUGACAUCAACUUCUGAGAUGCUCAGCACUCCAAGUAGUGAACACAUAAUGUCUACAGCCUCUACGUUCCAGCCACCUAGCACCACUCUUCCAACCACAAGCAUUAAGGACACAGUCCCGUCACUGAUUUCUACCACCACGGCCACCUCUCCAGCCCAGUCUUCAUUCACGACAGUGAAAACCUCUCCCGAAUGGAGCCCUCCUUCUUCAGCGACGCAGAGUAUAUCCCCGCCAACCUCCUCGUCUCCACACUUCAGCCCUUCACCCACUUCUGUGUCUCCCACUAAUAUCCCGAAUUCUUCCCCAUGGUGGCCUGGGACCUCACCUACUUCUUCCCUGCCUAGCCCUCUUCUCACUACCUCCUCCCUUCCUUCAGGAUCCUUUCCUGCCUCCUCCUCCACGUCACCCCCUCCCACACCCUCAUCAAGCUCUAUAAUUUCUACCCCACAGUAUACUCCUACCCUGAGCUCAGUGUCCCAUGUCCCUUUGUUCACUGGACCCACCACUGUAUCACAUCCUCCGUCUGUUUCUGCCUCUGUGCCUCCAACAGCUGCUUCCACUCCUGUUAAUGCCUCUCUCUUACCUCUUGGAACCUCCUCUCCCCCGUCCUCCACUCUGUCCACCAUCCACGUGUCUCCCACCCCAACUCAUGGCCCAGCCUCUAGCACUAAGUUUCCAUCCACUUCUAAGACCACAUCUCGUGUGCCCACCUCCUCUCCCUUCUCCUCACAGUCCACCACCUCCCAUUUUACCUCUCUUACCACCCAAGCCCUCACACCAGGAUUCUUGUCAUCAACCUUGGGGGUGACAGCCUUGCCAAGUUCUCCAGUCACCACCCAUACCACCAGUCAGGAGCCCACAUCUGUGUUCCUGAGCAGCUCCAUCACUCGUCCUGGAAGCACCUCACCUUCUACCACGGAGUCUCCCUCCACGGAGGGCUCUCCUCUACCCACCCCUUCUGGAGCCUGCAGCUUGCGGGAAGAGCAACAGCAGAUCACUUACCACGGCUGCACGGCCAACGUGACUCUGGGCCGCUGUGAGGGCUUCUGCGCUUCCUCCGUCAGCUUCAACAUUGACACCCAGCAGAUGGAAACACGCUGUGGCUGCUGCCACCCCAUUGGCACCUAUGAGAAGCAGCUCCUACUGCCCUGCCCAGAUCCCAACACACCAGGCCAGCAGCUCAAGCUCACCGUACAAAUGUUCAGCAGCUGCGCAUGCAGCCACCCGCGAUGCAGAAACUAAAGGGUGGCAGACUGGCCUUCUGGGCAUGAAGAGUCCUACUAAUUUUUUUUUUUUA